GAUCUCGUUGCGUUCGUAUUAAAUAGAAAGAGAGAGAGAGAGAGAGAGUGCGAGAGAGCGCGCGUACCGUGCAACAACAUUGCCUGCCAGCCGCCUGCCUGUGAUCCGUAUAGCAAUUGGUGAGGAUCGGAUCAGUAGUCGGGCCAAAAACACUUGUGCAUUACUUGUAUCUCGUAUCUGAAGCUGUAUCUCAAUUUGUAUCUGUAUUUGUAUCUGGUGCACAGUUCUUUUGUUAUUGUUCCUUGCUUGUGAUGAAAUUUCGUGAAAUACGUGUAGCCCAGACGCAACAACGAGCAAGAACAUUCUGACAGCGAGGCUGUAGGCCCACAAGAGGGAGGGGCAGGGUGUAGUGCGUGGUGAUAUAUUAUUGAUUUCGCAUCGACACCCAAACAUAUUCUGGCUGAAUCAUCAGUUCGCAUUGCGAGCCAAGCAACAUACAUAUAUUCAACCCAUUGGACCGGCGCCGCUUGAGCACGCUUCAGUCAGUUAACCUCCCGCAGAGGGGGUCUCUCACGGAUUCGUUUCCUGAUCCACAGCACUCGCUGUUGCUAGGACGCAGACAUGAGGAAGGCGACGCCCAUACCCGAGGAGCUGUACAAUCUCACCCAGCUGGCCGAUGUGACACUGGCGGCCGGACCGCUCAGCGCACCAGCCAAAACUGUGGCCUACAGCAAGCCAAUGCCCAGCAGCAGCAACAACAACAACAUCAGCAACAGCAGCAACAGCAGCAACAACAACAACAACAUCAGCAACAGCAGCAACAGCAGCAUAUUCUAUGCCUCAUCCGACGAUGACUCCACCUACAAUUCGUACAGCCACAAGGUGUUCGAUCGCAGGAAACUGCGUCGCUGCACCAUCUCCGACUCGAAUUCCUGCGCCAGCAUCACCAGCACCAGCAGCUGCCAGUCCAGCGAACAGUCGCCCAACCAGGCUACGCACUGCAGCAGCAACAGCAGCACCGCCAGCAAUUUGCUUGAAGAUGAGCACAUUUGCCCCGAGUGCGGCAAAAAGUAUUCCACAUCCUCCAAUCUGGCGCGCCAUAGACAAACCCACAGGUCAAUUAUGGACAAGAAGGCGCGACAUUGUCCCUACUGCGAAAAGGUGUACGUUUCGAUGCCGGCCUUCUCGAUGCAUGUGCGCACCCACAACCAGGGCUGCGAGUGCCAGUAUUGCGGCAAGUGCUUUUCGCGGCCCUGGCUGCUGCAGGGCCACAUACGCACCCAUACGGGCGAGAAGCCCUUCAAGUGCAGCGUCUGCAGCAAGGCCUUUGCGGACAAAUCGAAUCUGCGCGCCCACAUACAAACCCAUUCAAAUACCAAGCCGCACACCUGCGCCCGCUGCGGCAAGGCCUUUGCCCUCAAGUCGUAUCUGUACAAGCACGAGGAGUCCUCCUGCAUGAAGAAUCGCGGCGAGGCGGCGCCGCGUGCCGCGCAGCUGAUCUCCAUGUCCAAGCAGCAGCCGGAACUGGAGGCGACAGCAGCAACAACAACGACAACAAGCACAUCUCUGCCGGAUUCGGCCAAGUCAACGCUGGCGCACAAGCUGCUGCAGAAGGAGAAGGAACGCAGACAAGCACAGGCCCAGGCUCAGGCCCAAGCUCAAGCUCAGGCACAGGCUGCGCUGGCCUAUGGCUAUCCGUCAGCUGCUGGGCAUGCGGAUGCAUUUGCCGCCCACCUGGAGCACUACGAAAGCUACAAGCGCAACGGCAUGCUCCAGCCGACAACCGUGCUGCAGCAUCCCGGUGCGCUGUACCAGGAGCAGCUGCUGCCACUGCCGCUGCCGCUGCCACUGCCCCUGGGUCUGCCGUAUCAGCACUAUGGACAUGCCGGGGCACAGUCGGCAGGCAGCGAGGCGGCGGCGGCGGCGGCGGCGGCGGCGGAUCAGGAGCAGCCCGUUGACUUUUCGCCCAAGAACAAUUUCACGCAUUCGGCCAAGACGAGUCCCUUCGAGCUGACCGGCAACUAUGCGAUGGUCGCCUAGACAACCCCAGCCUGCCAGCUGAUUGUAAAAAGACAAGCGAGAGAGAGAUUUACAGAAAUUUGAAAAAAAAAAAAAAAACCAAAUAUUAACAAGAAAACAAACCAAAAACAAUAACAAAAGAAAAAAACCCAUUUUGCAUUCGAUUUUUAGGAGCUUAUUGUAGUAAACAAAUAUGUGAUAAAUAUGAAAAAAGAGCUAAAGUACCGUUAGGGAGUAGUCGAUUCCAAAGAAAGAAAAAAAAAAACAAAUAAUAAUAAUUACAUCAGUUGACAGAACUUAAUUAAUUGAUCGAUCUACACUUAGUUGUAACGAGGAUUUAGAGACUUGCAGAAAAAACAUGUAACCAGUAUUUUUUUCUUUUAGACCACAUAUAUAUAUAUAUAUAUAUGUAUAUAUAUAGGGAGAGAGACAACAUAUAUAUGUAUAUAUGCGAUUUUUAUGCACUGUAUGAUUUAAUUGAGUCGCUGAUUUUAGAAUUUACACACACAUAUAUAUAUAUACAUAUUAUUUUUGCCAUAUAUUACUUACCAAAUACGAACAAUUACGUUUAACAAAAAGGAA